UCAGAAGGGCUCGAGGAGCUGGUUGGCGUGGAGGUUGUUGGCUCUGGUGCCGAGGCUGCUGGUGGUGCUGCUGAUGGUCGUACUGCUGCUGGUGUUGCUGUGGCUGAAGCUGCAGAUGUGCUGGUUGCAGUGGAAUAGGUUGCUGCUGCUGUUGCUGCUGCUGUUGUUUGAGAGAGGAGCAGUGGUGUGGGGUACUGCUGGUGCAGCAGCAUCCUUUGCAUGGGGUCACAUUGGGCACCUGGGCCUCGGAUCAGACGCUGCAGCGAUGCUGCUUGUGGCACUGUGCAUGCAUGGCUUGUGCUCCAUAGAAUGUUUUUGAGGCGCCUAAAAAAUAUGGGUCUGUAGUCUGUAGUCUGUACCAUGCCAAUAGUACCGGUGGCAAGUGGUACCUAGCAUCUGCAAAGUAUUGUCGCCAGAUCUUGGGUGGGGGGGUGUGUUGUGCAUUCUAUUUGCCUACAACCGCUGCUGUUUUCCAGAGAUUUUUCCAGUGGUCACAAUUGUUCCAGUUU